GACCUGCGUUGAUUGGUCAGCCGUCCAACGGCGAGGGGACAGACGGCCUUGUGGAUGGCUGGUGGGGCUGUCAAUCAGCGGUCUUCCGUUGUGUUUGGUCAAGAGUGUGCCGGCGGUUAUUGGCUGCGAGCAGUGCCCAGGCCGCUGUCCAGAAGCUGACUUGAGCGGGAGGCUGCAGAGAAUUUUGAAAUGGCGGAGCAAGGAUCAACUGAUAGGUCUACGCAACCUACUGACCUAAGUGGAUGUGCUGAUGUUGGCAAUGGUAGUGCUAAAACAAACACACCGGUUUCGGUCUCGCAAUUCAUGAUGAGCAACAAGAUUGAAUCUAUCAUGUGGCUGCUUCGAAUAUUUACGCUGGUGUCAACAUUCUUUUUUCUGUUUCCCAUCUUGGGAGUUGCUGAAGGUGGACACUUCUUUCAGAGAGCGUUACUGGCUAAUGCCCUGACGAGUGCUUGCAGGCUUCAUCAGAGGCUACCCAGAUUCCGGUUCAGCAGAGCCUAUGUUACACAGGCACUCUUGGAGGACAGCUGCCACUACCUGCUGUACUCACUCAUCUUUAUUACAUCCCAUCCCAUUACCUUAUGUUUGGUACCAGUGGCAGUAUUUUCUCUGCUUCAUGCAACAGCUUACACCAGGAAAGUCUUAGAUAUCAUUGGCCCUAGUUCCAUGCCAUGGGUGCGAUCCUUUUUAGACAAAAUGACAACACACCAGCAGAGCCUGUUCAAGUUCAUUGCGUGCAAUGAGAUUCUCUUGAUGCCUGCAGCUGUCUUUAUGUUAUUUGGAGGCCGGGCUCAUUUAUUCCUCCCCUUUUUCUACUAUCGUUUCCUGACCCUAAGGUAUGCAUCUCGAAGGAAUCCCUACUGCAGGACAUUGUUUUAUGAGCUUCGAGUGGCAAUGGAGCAGAUGAUAGCCAGACCUUCCUGUCCAACUUUCAUCCGAAGUGCAUGUAACAAAGCUAUAAAGCUCAUCUGUAAGCUUGCUCCAGGGUCAUAGAAUUUGAGAUUUUUCUCAGCACAAGAUAAUGUGCAAAUGAUAGAAUUUGUAACAAUUUUGAAUUCUGUAGAACAUUCCCAUAGUUUAUGUUCAAUAUGUUAUUUUUAUUUUUGUUUAAGGUACAUGUCAUUUCCAUCACAGAAGUAAAUUUAUUUUUGAUUGUUGGGUGAUGAGAAUGAAUAUCAGAUGACUGAGUCACAUAGUUUACUUUAAAUACUGUCUGCAAAAUAUAGGUUUGUGGGAAAACAAACAUUGAUGUGCAACCACUGCAUAUCCAGAUUAAUACUUAGCCAUUAAUUUUUUUGCUUUAUUGUUUUGUAUGGUACAUACAAUUGUAACCCUAAUAUGGAUAGUCUUUAACACUUAUUCUCCAUGUGGAAAGUACAAAAAAGUAGUUUUUAAUAAAAUAAUGGAUGUUUGACAUUGGAUGCACAAUAUCAUAGAACAGUACAGCGCAGGAACUGGCCCUUCGGCCCACCAUGUCUGCACUGACCAUGAUGCCAUUCGAAACUAAUCCCAUCUGUUUACAUGAUCCAUAUCCUUCUGUUCCCUGCCUAUUCAUGUAUCUGUCUAAAUGCCUCUGCUAUCAUAUCUGCUUCUACCACCUCCCCUGGCAGCACGUUCCAGGCACUUAGCACCCUCUGUGUGAAAGAAAAUCUUGCCUUGCACAUCAUCUUCAAAGCUUCCUUCUUUCAAGUUAAACCUAGUAUUUGGUAUUUCCACCCUGGGAUCCUCCGACUAUCCGCCUAUCGAUGCUUCUCAUAAUUUUAUAUACUUCUAUCAUGUCACCCCCUCAGCCUUCCAUGCUCUAGUGAAAACAACCCAGUUUGCCCAACUUCUCUUUGUAGCUAAUACACUCCAGGCAACAUCCUGGUAAACCUCUUUUUCACCUCAGCAUCCUUCCUAUAGUGUGGCGACUGGAACCACAGACGGUAUAAAUUUAGCCUAACUGAAGUUUUAUACAGCUGCAACAUUACAUGCCAACUUUCAUAUUUAAUUCCCUGACCGAUGAAGGCAAGCAUGCUGUACAUCUCUUUACCACCUUAUACACAUGUUGCCACUUUCAGGGAGCUAUGGACUUGCACUCCAAGAUCCCUCUGUGUAUCACUGCUCGUAAGGGUCUUGCAUUUACUGUAUAAACUAUGCAUCAUAAUGUAUACUGUAUGCAUGGUAAUACAUCUGUGAUGCUGAAUCAGUGUAAUUCCCCAGUAAAUGUAGCAUGCUUUGAGAUUUUUUUCAGCACAAGAUAAUGUGAAAAUCGUGGAAUUUGUAAAAAUUUUGAAUUCUGUAGAACAUUCCCAUAGUUUAUAUUCAAUAUCUCAUUUUUAAUCUUUUUUGAUGGUACAUGUCAUUUCCAUCACACAAGUAAAUUUGUGAAUUACACAGAUCAUUCAGAAACCUUUGAUAUAAAUAAUUAAAAAUAAUAAUUACUAAAUAAUUAAAAUCUG